UAAAUCUUACAGAUUCAAGACAUCAAAUCGUCUAUUUCUUUGAUUAUAAAAAUAAGAAUUGAUUACAUUCUUAUAAAUCAAAAACGUAAGCUAUAAUGACGACAACCAUGAAAAUUUGCAUCGCUUUGGAAGCAUCAAAUACUGAUAAGAAGAAAAAUACAUACAAAUUCAAAUGGAUCCAAACUACGGGAACAGAAAAAACAUAUUAUGAAAUACCAGAGGACAAACAGGAUAUAUCUGACCAUCAUGAACUUUUGGCUCUACCGAAGGUGAAGAAUAUCUUGAAAUCGAUUGAAGCAAGAGGUUCAUUUCGUACGAGCGUCAUUUCAUUAACCCCGGAGUUGAAAGAAAUAUAUUUUGAUGCCGAAGAAGAUGUGAUGUUUAAGGAUGAAUAUUUACAACUGAUUUAUUCACCCGCAUACGUGAGAACAGUAUUUGGACAAGAAUCAUCAGAACCACAGAAUACGGUAGAGCUUCCAAGAAAAAGCAAGGAGAAUAAAAAGGAUUUCAAGAAGAUAAAGGAGGAUUUUGUGCUGAAUAAUUUUGAUGAUUCAGCCUCCUGUUACUCCCUCACCUGCCAUUGUUCCCCCUGUUGCAAGCUCAGACUGGGCUAGCCAAGCACAAGAGGAAUGGAGCGCUUCUGUUAGUCAACCAAACUCUAGCUGGGCCGCAGCUAGCAGCGAAUGGCAUUAAUAAUCCAUUCACUGAUUGACAUU